CUACGAAUCCCAUCUACCGUCUCAGCUGUCUUCGCCGGUUAUUUUUAGGUUAAAAUCUAAAAUAAAUUUCUAAAGCUGUGGUCGUACUUUCAUGUGGUUAUGAAACAAUAAGCACGUCUCUGUCGCCUACGGAGCGUCAGUUCAAAGCGAACCAUGUCAGGCGAUGUACAACCACGAAAACGUAAAGACAAAAAAAGAAAAAAAGAUGACUUAGGGGUUGAAGAACCUCGUGGUACAGCAGCUGUAUUUGGUGAAGGCGAUGUGUUCAUACACUCCCAGCAUGACCAUGGAACUGGUGGUCAUUGGUGUGCCAAGAUCAUAUUCUUUUCUCUGCUGGCUGUAUUAAUUACUCUUAUUGGAUUGAUCAUUUUGGAAAAUAGGGGCAUUACAGAAUUGGAAGCUAAUUCUGUUGAAUCCCGUUACUCUGGUGUUUUGGAGGGUUGGCUUGAAGAUGUGCCUGAUGAUGACCAUCAUGAUGAACACACAUUAGAGCUUAAUCAUCCAGAUGAUGAAAAUAGUCAUGGAGAUGAUGAUCAUGAACUUGAUCACAAUGAGAAUGAUGAUCAUGAUGAAGAAGGAGAUGAUAAUGGUCAUAAUGAGGAAAGCAAUUAUGAAGAAUCUGAUGAUGACGAUGGUUAUGAGCAUACCGAAGAAGAUCAAGAUGAUGAGCAUCAGGAACAACAGGAUGAUGAGCAGGAUGAAGAUCAUGAUAUAGAAGAAUCUGAAGAGCAGGAUAUACAGGAACUACCAAGGUAUAGAAAAUAUUUCGGAGAUGACAAUAAAGAAAAUUAUGGUGAAGAUAAUGAUGAAAAUGACGACCUACAGACAAUAGACGAAAAUGAUAGUCAAGAAGUAGACUUAAAUCAUUAUAAUGACGAUAAUGAUGAUAGCAAUGAAAAUGAUAACGACAUUGAUAAUGAUAAAAGUACUGAAAACACUAAUGAUGAUGAAGAACAAGAAAACUAUGACAGCGAAGAUGAUGAGGAUGAAGAGCAUGAAGAAGAAGAAGAAGAUACGGAGGUGGAGUUAGAAAGAAUAGAGAGGGAAUUACCUGAUGAAGAACCUAUUUCAACGGAACUACCAGCAUUACCUGAGGAAGAUUUUAACGAUGACAAAAGCCAAGAAGUAACGAACGAAAUCCAGACCAGCAAAGAAGAAGAUGAUGAACCUGAUGUUGAUGAAGACUUUUUAGAAGCAGAGGAUGAUGGAGAGCCCCCUAUAGAACGCAUAACAAUUCCUGCUGGAAAGCCCUAUGUCGAGGUGGAGGAAGAAGCAUCAUCUGAACAACCACCAGAUACUCUCACUGAAGAGGAAGAGUAUGAGAGACAACAAGAAGAGCUUCGCCGCGAAAAGGAAAAGUCAUCACACAUGUGGCUGAAGCUGAGUGUGGGUGGCGCUUUGCUGGUCGCCACACACGCGGUCAUACGACGGGCCACAGCGCCUCGCGAUGAACCCGCUACUGAAGAGCGUUCUGUUAGGGAAGAGACGCCUCUUUUGGAUAGACGUAUGACAUUGAUACCAGAAGAAUCCCGUACACCUGCUCCGAAAUCCAUCAUUGAAGAAAGUUCUCAGCCAAUGGUUAAGGAGAUAAUAUCACAAAUUGCGCCACAGUUCAAAGCACCAUCUCUGCCACCGCAGGAAGAAAUUGACGAAGAAGAAGAAAAACAAAGCGAUGAUGAGGUUAUUGUAACUACACAGGCUUCUGAAGUACCAAAAGACAAAGAACUAUAUAGUGACGAAGAAGAAAUCGAAGAAGAGGACGAAGAAGAAGUUUUAGAAGAAAAGGAAACGGUAAAAGAAAAUGUCCCAAAAGUCGAAGAAAAUGCUAUUCCUCCACCUGAACCAGAGCAAGAAGAGGACCCGGACGACGUUGAAAUAAUAGACGACGAGCAACUAGAAGAAGAACUAGAAGAGGAAGAAGAUGAUAUCUCGGAUGUUGAUGAUGUGGAACUUUUAACUCGUCUGGAAGCUAAAUACGGUCGCCUUCCCGAACCUGAGAGGCCUGGACAAAAGCAUAAAGACGGAGGUAACAGCAUAGAGGAUCAGUGGCCAGGGGAACCAAAUGACCCCUUUUGGCGCCAAGAGCUCGACUCUGUUGAGGACCAACUUCAACAGGGUUCUUGGGCGGCGGUGAUGCAGCGCGUGCAGUCAGCGGCGGCCGCGCUGCCGGACAGCGCUCGUGCGCGGUGGGCGGCGGCUCGUUUGCUCGACCUGCAGGCCGAAGCGCGCCGCGACAAUCGCUUACUGUCGCGCGCCAUCGCCGCAUACCUACAUCUGCUCAAGAUGAACGAGCAGCUAUCCGAUAAGAAACUACUCAAAAUCACCAACCGUGCGCUGGAUCGAAUAAGAUUCAGAGGAACAUAUCUAAGUGCAGAGCCUGUUUACAGAUUAUUAAUUCGCCGAUUUCCAAACGAACGAGAGUACCGAAAUAAUUUGACAAUUUCCUUCCUAAUGGCUAACAGGGCGGACUUGGCUGAGGAGGAAUUAAAAGAGACGCUAAAACGUUGGCCCGAUGACCGGGUCGCUUUAGCUCAUUAUGCAUUUAUUUUGAAAACUCAACAUAAUCGACUAGAAGAAGCUCUAAUCGCAUUCCAAAAGGCCCUCGAAGGGGACUCAGGUCCAGCCAACGAACCUCGCUUCUAUUAUCACUAUGGCGACACUUUACUGUUACUCGGUCGACAUGCAGAGGCACACGAAGUUCAUAAAAGAGGGGCAGCUCUAGGACAUUUCUUGUCACCUGCACAGCGCUCUUUAUAUAACGUGCCUCGAUUAAAAAGCAAGCCGUGGUGGAACAUCAACGAAACUCCUUACGCAAAUCUCGCACGAGCAUUAGAAAAGUCGUGGAAGGAUAUAUUGAAAGAAGGAGAAGCUGCUAAGGCUAUUUAUGAAAAAGAAAAAGAGGGGUUGAAGGAGCGCGGCGAAUGGUCGCAGUUAGAUUUGUUCGUGCGGGGUCAAGAAAUCCCAAAUAGAUGUAAGAGAGCGCCAGUUACGUGCUCGAUAGUGCGAGCGGAGGUGGCCGCAGCUGGCUGCCGCCGCGGACAAAUUAAAUUCAGCGCCAUCGAGCCGGGCACGCACGUGCGUCCACAUGUCGGCCCAACUAACUGCCGUUUGAGAAUGCACUUAGGCCUAAGCAAUACCAAAGAUACGUUUAUAAGAGUUGACCAAAAAACUAGGCAGUGGCAAGUCGGUAAAGUGUUCAUGUUCGACGACAGCUUCGAACACGAAGUAUGGCAUAACGGCACCGGUACGAGGCUGGUACUCAUCGUAGACGUGUGGCAUCCCGAUCUGACAACAAGCGAAAGGAGAAAUUUACCCGCCAUAUAAACUUAACUACAGCAAACAUUCUAGUCGGCACCGCGUAUUUCAACAGUAUUGUUUCGAAGUUUAUCACCUAGUGUGUACUAGGAUAUAAUAGACACUAGUGAUAUCAGCCAUUAUAUCCAGUUGAUGAACAAGUAUUUCCCCUCGAAUCUAUUGAACUCUCUCCAACGUAAUUAUCCUUGAGGUUAUCCGUGUACCUUGGUGUCGCCCAAACAGACACAAUAUUUAUAUACACAGGGCCACUCGAGAACCUGCCAUUACUUUGAUCUGUGAAGAUCACUUUGGUCCUUUUGCGAAUACCAUGUGUAUUUAAUAUCAAUGAUUUAAUAAGGUAAAUGUGUGAAAAAUGUUUGAGUGUUAUUAGUAUACCCAUGAUACUAACAAAUUAUAUCACCCUUCAUCGUUAUAUUUUAGUCAUUAGUUAUUGAUAAGGAUAUUUACUACAUUAUGGGGCUCCACAUUUAGUGUAUAGAUACUUUAAUAGUUACAUUCGUCUUUAUUUAAUUGUUAAAUAGAUUUUUUGCUAAAAUAUAUCAGUUCAUUUAGUUACAAUAUAAAGUCUUUGUACUUAGUUCAAAUGUAAUGUUUAUGACCCUUAGAAAUAUUUGUAAAUAGCAGUAUGCGGCCCGGGUAAUCAGUAAUAAUAAUAAAUAAUAUUUUACUAGUAAAUUGUAUUUACUAAUG